UGAUCUGAACGGGAAAGCAAGCUAGCUAGUACGACUGUAGUUCCUAAAAAGCAACACGGAUUACCAGACAGCCCUGCUGUUUUGAAUAUUUAUUUAUUUAUUUAUUUUUAUUUUAGUUUAGUUUUUUUUUUAUCCGUGCUGGUCUACGAUUAUUUUCUUUUUCUAAUUAUAGAUAAUAUUAUUUUAUUCUUGGUCGACUCUGUCAUUCGUUUUAUCUUUCCCCCAAAGCGUAAAAAAAACCCGACGUUUUUUAAUUUUAAUAGCACUAUUAUUAUUAUUAUUAUUAUUAUUAUUAUUAUUAUUAUUAUUAUUAUUAUUAAUCCCUGUAGUUUUUUUUGGGGGGGGGCUGUUUUGUUUCCAGUUGAUGAAAUGAAAUCUCGGUUUUUUCCUUAUCUUUAUUUAAGGAAAAACCUUUUAAAUAUCGCUCUGUUUAUUUAGAUUAAAAAUGUUAUUUAAAAGCUUGUGAUUUUCAAUCUCUUUCUACCCAUCCCCUCUCUCUCUCGCUCUUUCUUUCUCUCACUCUCCCCUCUUCCUUCUCUUUUAACGUCGGUCUUUCGUUUCAUUUUAUGUGGUUUGGGGUUUUAUUUAUUGUAUUUUAUUCUUGGAUAAAGUCGAAGAAAGGCGACAACAAAGAUUAUAACCUAGCCGAGACAAUGGAUCGUGUUUGGGACACCGUGAGCCGUAAUUAACCGCUGCGCCCUGGACGCUUUUGCAAACAGACAGUUUUUGUUAUUUUUCUGUGGAUUUAAUUAAUUGUUUUUAUUUAUUUUAUUUAUUUAUUAAAAACACGGCCUUCAAAGACAUUUCACUGCAGGUAUAGUUUUUUUUUUAACAUCUAACAGAAGCUAUCUCUUCUUCUUCCGUGUUUACGUUUUGUUUAAAAGAAAGAAAAGAAAAGAAGAUAUUUUUAAUAUUUAGUUUGGCUGAAAUGGCUUUCCAGGACCCGAGCCGUCCUUCUGUCUGCGGAAGCUUGUUCGGGGGCCCGGAUCUCGGUCCUAAAUUUUUCUGCAUACCGUCAAACAACGUCGCCACAGCGGGCUCUUCCACAGGCCUCGGCGCAGCACCGGGAUCGAGUGGCCCUGCCGCACAGGCUGGUGCGCUUCGUCACCCGGCGGCGCUAGGGGGAGGCCCCGGCGGCGGUGCAGCGGCUCCCCAGCAACACAAUAACCCGACCAACGAGGCGCCGAGCCCGGCUGACAUGGAGCCGGACAGACCCAUCGGCUACGGAGCUUUUGGGGUGGUUUGGUCGGUGACGGACCCUCGGGACGGGAAGCGCGUCGCUCUGAAGAAGAUGCCCAACGUGUUCCAGAACCUGGUUUCCUGCAAGAGAGUGUUCCGCGAGCUCAAAAUGCUCUGCUUCUUCAAGCACGACAACGUGCUGUCUGCUCUUGAUAUUCUCCAGCCUCCACAGCUUGACUGCUUUGAAGAAAUCUAUGUGAUCACAGAGCUCAUGCAGAGUGACCUGCACAAGGUGAUCGUCUCUCCCCAGCCCCUCGGCACCGACCACAUCAAAGUGUUUCUGUACCAGAUACUGCGCGGGCUGAAGUAUUUGCACUCCGCUGGGAUUCUGCACAGAGACAUCAAGCCAGGAAACCUGCUGGUCAACACCAACUGUGUGCUGAAGAUCUGUGAUUUCGGGCUGGCUCGCGUGGAGGAGCUGGACGAGUCUCGUCACAUGACCCAGGAGGUGGUGACCCAGUAUUACCGCGCCCCCGAGAUCCUGUCCGGCAGCCGGCACUACGACAGUGCCAUCGACGUGUGGUCUGUCGGCUGCAUCUUCGCAGAGCUGCUGGGCAGGAGGAUCCUGUUCCAGGCACAGAGCCCCAUACAGCAGCUGGAUCUGAUCACAGACCUCUUGGGGACCCCCCCCCUCUCCGCCAUGCUGUCAGCCUGCGAGGGGGCGAGAGCACACAUACUGAGAGGACCCCACAAACCGCCCUCCCUCUCAGUUCUCUACAUGCUGUCGGACGGAGCUACCCAUGAGGCCGUUCACCUGCUGUGCAGAAUGCUGGUCUUCGAUCCGUGUAAGCGUAUCUCUGGACGGGACGCUCUCUCUCAUCCCUACCUCGAUGAGGGUCGACUUCGCUAUCACACCUGCAUGUGCCGCUGCUGCUUCAGCGUGGCUUCGGGACGAGUCUACACCCGAGACUUCGAACCCGUGGCCAGCGGCCGCUUCGACGACCAGUACGAGAAGACGCUGACGUCCGUCUGGCAGGUCAAGGAACUGAUUCAUCGUUUCGUCACAGAACACCAGCUGGGUAAACGACUUCCUCUGUGCAUAAAUCCUCAGAGCGCAGCCUUCAAAACCUUCAUCAGGUCGACAGCCUGGCAUUCCUCGAAAGUUUCCAAGAAGGAGGAAAGAUGAACGAGAGAAUAACGCAAAGGAAGAGAGAGAGAGCGAGAGAGAGAUUUAAAAGCAAAAAAGAAAAGAUAAAAUGGUCAGGAUGAAAUGAAAAAAAAACAAGAGAGAACUAAAGAAAAUAAACCUUUAUAUUUAAAACAAAAUAUUGCUGCUGAAACUGAAGGAAAGGAAGGAAGGAAGGAGUUAAAAAAAGAAAGGAUCGAUUUUUAAAGAAAAUGGAGGAGACAAAACCGGAGAGAUUUAGCGGAAACCGCGAUUCAAGAAGAGAGAUGGGAAUCAGACCCCCGCUCCACAGCAGUGUGAUCCAGUCCUGGUUUCACCAGGAGUUUAAUAAUCAGACACACCUGAGCUUGUUAGCUAGACACACUGGGGACUGAUCAAGCUGGUAGUAAAACCUGGACUGGAUCACACUGCUGUGGAAUAGGAGUCUGAUUCCCAUGCCUAUAAUAAUAAUAAUAAUAAUAAUAAUGCUGGUUAUCAUCACAGGGCUGGGAAUCAGACUCCCGCUGCACAGCAGUGUGAUCCGUUCCUGGUUUCUCUAAAGACUGAAAUAGAAUGCUGCUGUUUUGUUUUCUAGCAUCUGGUGUGACUUGUUAUAUUUUUAAUUAUGUUGACGCUGUCGCAGGGAGGGCUGACUGUCAGCCAAGCGUCUCAAAACCACGAUGAAGGCCGAUUUCAAAAUUACUCUGAGGAGCGACAGAAAUCCAGAAUCGCUCGCAGUGACCCAAGCAGAACAAAUGCCAAUAACAACUGAAGUCUUUAUUUCUUUUUAAAAUUUAAAAGGACGAGUAGAUUUUUUUUAAUUUAAAAAGACAAAUCUUAAUAUUUUGUACCCUUCUCCGAUAAGUUUGAGGGACAAAAAAUAAUCUGGAUGUCAGACACGGGCUGCAAGGGAUUCCAAAAAAUAGAACUAUAAAUAUCGAAGAAAAAGGUCACGUAGCUGCACACGGGUGCAAAGAAUUCAUCUUACACUUUUUAUUUUGUGUUUUUAAUUUAUUUUAUUUAUUUAUUUUUAGUCCCAAAUGUCCUGAUUUGUUUGCAAAAUUAUUUGUAUCAGUUUUUCACAAUUUUGUUUUUUGUUAACCUUCAAAUGCUCUUCAGGUUAAAUAUAUUAUUAUUAUUAUUAUUAUUAUUAUUAUUAUUAUUAUUAUUAUUAUUAUUAUUAUUAUUAUUAUUAUUAUUAUUAUUAAUAAUAAUAAUUUAGUAUUGCAAUAUACACCUCACUAGAAGAGACAUAAUCCAGUUUACAAAAGCAUGUUACAGAAUAAUAAUAAUAAUAAUAAUAAUAAUAAUAAUAAUAAUAAUAAUAAUAAUAAUAAUAAAGAAGGAUAAUUUAAAGCCUAACUGGUUGAACGUUGCGUUUGGGCUCACAGUAAUGUGGGAGAAUUUCACAAAGCCAGCUGUCUCAUUUCUCCCCGUUUUCAAAAAACCGCUGUUUUGAAAACAGAAUGACAGUUUAGGAGCAACGCUCUGAAAUUCUUAUAUUUCGUUUUUAAUGGAAGUGAAAUUGAUUUUGCAGCUCGGGCUACCUUUGAACUGAACUUCAAAAAAACCUGUAAACUUAAAAUAAGGGAGGGGAUGGUGAUCCUGUUAAUAAAGCUAAUAAGAGGUGAGAGAAUGGAUUUUAAAGAUGGUCAGUGCUCCUUUAAAGGGUGGGGCCGGUGAUCCUGUUAAUAAAGCUAAUAAGAGGUGAGAGAAUGGAUUUUAAAGAUGGUCAGCGCUCCUUUAAAGGGUGGGGCCGGUGAUCCUGUUAAUAAAGCUAAUAAGAGGUGAGAGAAUGGAUUUUAAAGAUGGUCAGCGCUCCUUUAAAGGGAGGGGCCGGUGAUCAUGUUAAUAAAGCUAAUAAGAGGUGAGAGAAUGGAUUGUUGGAAAGACUAAUUUUCUGUAAAUAACUUUUUUUAUAUGUGUGUGUGUUUUAUUUUUGUCUUUUUAGAUUGUAGUAUUAUUAUUAUUAUUAUUAUUAUUAUUAUUAUUAUUAUUGUUUUGUUUUGCAUAGUCUACCUCGGAUCCUAAAACACAUUUUUGUUUGUCAGUUAAAUUACAGAUUCCUUUUCUCCUCUCCUCACUCUUCCCUCUCUUUCUCAGUCUCCCUGUCUGUGUCUGUCUCUCCUUUCUCCCCCCUCCCUCUCUCUCCCCCCUCCCUCUCUCUCCCCCUCUCCCUUUCUCAGUUGUGGUCUUAAUCUUAUAUACUGUGAAUAGGAAAAAAAAAAUAAUAAUCAAAACUUGAAAAAAAAAAUAUCUGUGAACUGUUUUUUGGUUUUUUUUUUAAUUUGUGUUAGUUUGAUAUUUUUUGGUUGGUAAUCCUUGAUUAUGAAAAACAAUAAACAAUGCUGUUUAAAAUGAAAAA